GCGGCGAUCUCGAACAGAUUUGCAAGGAUGUUAGCAGCGAGUUGAACGAUGAAAACGAAAGCAAGAAAGUAGAGGCAAGGACAAAAAGAAAGUGGAAGUACCGCGAGGAGUAUUCGACGUCAGCUAGCUGCGACGAAGACGAGGAUAAAAGACGAGCCCCCGAGACAGACAAAGAACAAUACCAAAACGGCGAGCAACGUGGGCGGAGAGUCGGAGAAGGCCGCGAAGGAGGAGAGUAACAUGCUCUCGGCUCGCGCCCAGCAGCAGAACGGAGCAGCAGCGCGUACGAGUAGCAGCGAGGGCAAUACACCCGGGCUGAGUUCGACGGCGCCGCCGGAAGCAGCCACCGCGCCGCGCAACGACGACUCGCCGAAGCCCCUGGCCAUUGCCACCGCCACCACCACCACCACCACCACCACCACCACCACCACCACCACCGCCGCCGCUAACUUUGCCGGCGCGUCGAUGACCAGCAUGCAGCCGCAGCAGCAGCAACUGCCGCCUGCCUCGCCCAACAGACAAAUCAACAACAACAGCAGCAAGCCAGCCGCUGCCAUGAUUAAUAGCAACGGACAGAUGGCCCUCUCGCCCCAGACGCACAGACGCGCUGUUCUUGCCAAUAAUCGCCGUCGCGACGACGACGAUGACUUUCAGGAGGGCGCUAAGGGCGCAGCCGCGGCAGCGCCAGGGGCGGCGGCGGAGGAGGACGAGAGCGGCAGCGGUGGCGGCGGCGGCGGCGGCGGCAACCACAGCGCCGGCGGCAGCCUGGAGGAGGAGGAGGAGGAGGACGACGACGAGGAGGAGGACGACGAGGUGGCCGCGACGCUGGGGGGAGGCGGCGCGGGCAAGGAGCAGCAGCCGCAGCAGCAGGCCAAUGGUAGGGGGCUGGUAGGCGGCGGCUUCUGGAGCAUGAGGCAGAGCAGACCCUCCAGUCCCCGCAUGCCGCCCCCGGAGCAGGAGCAGGCCGUCGCCGCCGCCAGCAGCAGCAGGCCCAGGAGCCGUCACGAGCACCACCAUCACCAGCCGCCUAUCCAGCCGCCCUCGCGCUACAACAACCUUGGUUACUGGCGAGCCAGGCGGGUCACCUUCUACAGGAAUGGCGAUCCCUACUUCCCCGGCGUCGAGUUCAGGUUCAAGCCGGGCAGAGAUAUCAACUCACUGGAGGCGUUGCUCGACCGCCUCUCGCUACGACUGGAUCUGCCAAGAGGCGCCAGGCACAUUUUCUCAAUGGAUGGCGAUCGUAAGAUCAGCCUCGACGAGCUCGAAGACGGUGCAUCUUACGUCGUCUCCAGCUACAAAACUUUUAAGCCGGCGAGUUACGGCAAGAAGAGCAAUCAGUGGUACGCAUCUUCGGGUCCGGUUGGUGGCGGUGGUGGUGGCGGUGGUGGCGGCCGGUCGGGCAGCAUAGCCGCCGGCAGCGGGCCAGCCGGCGGCGGAGGCCUCGGUGGCUGGCAAAGUCGCAGCACACCGGCCGUCGCCAGUCUUAGCAGGAAAGCCUCGAUCAGCGACGAGGUGCCUGCCGCCGGGGCCGCUGGCAAGCCUUCGUCCGGACGCGUUAUCCGCAUCGUCAACAAUCUCGAUCACACCGUGCAGUGCCGAGUAUUGCUGAACUUGCGCACAUCGCAGCCCUUCGAAGAGGUCCUCGAGGAUUUGGGCCAAGUGCUGAAAAUGAAUGGAGCCAAAAGAAUGUUCACAGUGUCGGGACAAGAGGUGCGAAGCUUCUCCCAAUUGCGUAACGAGUUCGCCGACGUGGAUACGUUUUACCUGAGCACAGGAAGUGGCGGCGGUGGUGUGGCAUCAGUGGUUGGUUCACCAGCAAGGAGGUCACGCAGUAGGGGACCGCCGACUGUUGUCGAAGAUGUCAGUGGAAGACAGCGACGAGCUCGUAGCAAAAGCAGGCCGCGCUCGCUUUAUGCUCCCGAGUCCGAAGUGGUUAGAGUCAAUGAUUACAGCGUAGUAGAAGUUUUACGAGAAGAGCCUGCUCGAGUGACGAUCCGCGGUCUUCGACGUUCGUUCUAUCCGCCGUCCCACCUACCGCCAGUAGAUAAUUCGCCACCCGACAAGAAGUUGCAGCUGGAAUGGGUAUACGGCUACCGAGGCACGGACACGCGGCGUAAUCUUUGGGUUUUACCAAGCGGAGAGUUGUUGUAUUACGUGGCGGCUGUCGCUGUACUUUACGAUCGUGAGGAGAAUUCACAGAGGCAUUACAUCGGACACACCGAAGAUAUUACGUGCAUGGAGGUUCACCCAAGCAGGGAGUUAGUUGCGUCUGGUCAGCGAGCGGGAAGACACAGAAAAGCUCAACCUCACGUGAGAAUUUGGUCGACGGAGACUCUUCUCACACUCUACGUUUUCGGCAUGACCGAGUUUCAAAUGGGAGUCUCUGCAUUGGCUUUCUCACAAUUGAAUGGUGGAAGUUACGUGUUGGUAGUUGACGCUGGUAGAGAGGCUAUUCUUUCCGUUUGGCAGUGGCAAUGGGGACACUUGCUUGGGAAAGUUGCCACACUGCAAGAGGACUUGACAGGUGCCGCUUUCCAUCCGCUGGAUGACAAUCUUCUGAUCACGCAUGGCAAAGGUCACUUAACGUUCUGGAAUCGCAGGAAAGACGGGUUUUUCGAGAGAACCGAUAUUAUCAAACCCCCGUCGAGGACACACGUUACGAGCAUUCAGUUCGAGCAAGAUGGCGACGUUGUCACGGCCGACAGCGACGGUUUCAUCACUGUUUAUUCCGUCGACGCGGAUGGAGCAUAUUUCAUAAGGAUGGAAUUCGAAGCCCACAACAAAGGGAUCAGUUCUCUGGUGAUGCUGUCCGAAGGAACUUUGUUAUCUGGCGGCGAAAAGGAUCGCAAAAUCGCUGCUUGGGACUCGCUUCAGAAUUACAAACGCAUCACGGACACGAAGCUUCCAGAAUCAGCCGGCGGCGUGCGAAGCAUUUAUCCGCAGCGCCCAGGCCGCAACGACGGCAACAUUUACGUUGGCACUACCCGUAACAUCAUACUCGAAGGUUCGCUUCAGCGACGCUUCAACCAAGUGGUCUUCGGUCACGGCAGGCAACUCUGGGGUCUUGCCGUCCAUCCUGACGACGAAGUUUUUGCUACUGCUGGUCAUGACAAAAAUAUCGCUCUCUGGAGGCGGCACAAGCUCCUGUGGACUACGCAGGUUGGAUUCGAAUGCAUCUGCAUUGCAUUCCACCCGUUCGGCGUGGCGCUCGCCGCGGGAUCAUCCGAAGGCCACCUCCUGGUUCUCGCGGCCGACACCGGCGCUGCCGUGGCCACGCUAAGAGUGUGCGGCUCGCCGCUAUCUUGCAUCGGUUACAAUCCCACUGGAGAAAUGCUUGCCAUGGGCUCGCAGAAUGGCAGCAUUUACUUGUUCAGAGUGUCCAGGGAUGGAUUCUCUUACAAGAAGAGCAACAAGAUCCGAGGGACUCAGCCACUUGUGCAGCUCGAUUGGAGCUCCGACAGUCGUUUCUUGCAGACCGUCACUCAAGAUUACGAUCUUGUGUUCUGGGAUGUGAAGGCUUUGUCUUCGGAAAAGAGUCCUUUGAUAAUGAAAGACGUCAAGUGGUACACGCAUAACUGCACAGUUGGGUACCUCGUAUCUGGGAUGUGGAACAAUCGUUACUACCCACUGACAACGGUGGUGACGACGUCGUCGCGCUCGGCGGCGCACGACAUGCUGGUGAGCGGCGACGCCGAAGGCUACCUGCGGCUAUUCCGUUACCCGUGCACCUCGGCCAAGGCCGAAUACGUCGAAGAGAAGGUCUACAGCUCGCUCGUGGCGUGCUCGCGCUUCUUGUACAACGACCAGAACGUGGUGUCCGUCGGCGGCACCGAUGCCGCACUUAUGCUCUGGGAGCUCGUCGAUGAAUAACCGGAAGACUACCACAGUCCACCAGCCGCGUCACCCAUCAUCAUUAGCGCGCAGUAAACGUUUUUCUUUCGAGCUUUCUUCCAUCCUAAUGGGCCAUGAUGAGGGACUGUGGUUUGUUCUCUAACAGGCUGAUGAUUUGAAGCAGAUAUUGGCGAGAAGGAAUCGUUAAGGGAUUCUUAGGGAUUAUUUUGUGCACAGAGGUGUUGAUUUUGCUGUCGUGAAAAAAAAAUUAUAUUUCUAUUGUUUCAUGCAGUUAUUUUUCUGAAUGUGUCAUGAGUUAGAGCGGCAAAGUCAAGUGUAACUUUGUUGUCUGUUAUAGCAAUCGAUUUAACGUUAAACACUCGAUUGUUUCUGUCCUAUAUUCAUUUUGUAUAUAUAAUAAUUGUUGAUUUCAACUUAUUAAUUAAGCAAUUAGACUGUUAAAAGGAAAUGACGUUUCUUAUCAAAGUUUAGUUAUAAUUGGUCGACAAAGGCGUUGAGUUAAAUCAAAGAAGAUAUGUGACGCCGAAUAAAAAGAUACAACAUCGUCUUUUUAUAGGAAACAAGAAUAUAGUAAAGAAACGCAGAAGUCUAAAUAUAUAGCGUACGAAAUUGAUAUCGCUGAAUUUGCCUGCAAGCGGCAAAUUGAGUAUUUUUUGAAUAUAAGAUAAAAAAAUACGAUAUUUUUAAAGGAUAUAAUCUUAUAUCGAAUAGUAGAAUUUGUAAGCGGCAACUUUGAAACAAAAAAUAUAUACAUCUUAGAGCCAGCACGAAGCGACCAAAAAAUCGUGUAGAAAGUAAUUGCAUGAAGAAAUGUAGGACAAAAAAACGUUUACUGCGUCUCUCUUUUGAAUCGAGCUCCUCCUCGGAAGGCCCCUCACAACUUACCUGCCAUGGUUCGUCUGCCAGCAUUGAUUUACGAAAUAUUAUUGUAUACGGGAACUUCGAACGACACUCAACCUGCCGAUACUCACUCAAUAUACAUACAAUGUCGUACAUCUACGAUACAUGUAUAUCGUAUAUAUUCCUACAUGUGUACGCACAGGAAAGUAUCAUUUUCUCUUUUUAUUUGCUGGUAUCACUUCGUUUGCGUCGUUCGAAGUUUCACCUUCGUCGAGUUCGAAUAUUUUAUCAAUGCAGGCGCAACCUCACCCUAAUGCCUUUAAUGCCAAAAAUAUUUGGUAGAGCUGUUUUCUUAUGGUCUCAUAUACAACGAACAAUGCAAUUUUAUCUGUAGGUCGAGACUUCUCAAAGAUCAUCACUAUAACUCACUGUGAAGCAAUAUGUCGUAUAAAUAGUAUGGCAAGGAACUUUAUGAACGAGUUCGUAGUGAUAUAAUAUAUAGUUAUAUAGGAUACAGUUUUUGCUAUAUUUUAUAAGUAAAUAAAUCUGUUGAUUGUCGAAAAGUAAAACGGUAACAUUUUUUUAAAUGCAUAAUUACGUCGUGUCGUAAUUAUAUGUGAAUAGGUAAAAAAAUAUAGAGUACUCCAACUUUUUGAAGUGUGAAAUAUUGUUUAACGUUAUUGGACUUAUUUCUGCAAAUUUAUUAUAACUUAAUCUAUAUGAAAGAAAAAUUAAACAUAGAAAGCAUAAAUAUGAUUAGGUUGAUACAACGAUUUAUUCUUUAUAAAUAUAAAUUUAUCGUAAACACAAAAUUCUGAGAAAGAAAUCAUAAAAUAAUCAAAUUUAUAAUACAAUAAUUAAUACCGAUAAAUUUAUCACAUAACUCAAUGUACAAAAAAAUAAACAGUUCAGUUUCCGUAUGCACAAUUUUCGAUUCUAGAUAAGAAUUUCUUGUCCGAAAAGCUUUGCAAGA